AUCUAUGAUAGUCAAUAACAAUAAAUGAGAGUCAAUACAGAAUAUUUGAUAAAAUUCAUACAAUAUCUUUUAAAUCUAUUUGGCUUUUAAAAAUCUAUCAACUUAUAGAAGGAUUAAAUUCCACAUAAAUUUUGGUCUCAAUAAACUCUCUCUAUAUAUUUCUUUCUUUUAGCGAAGGCAGCAUGAGACACCACCGAGGCAUUGACAUACAUUAUGCUAAUUAACGCACCAUUAGCCUAAUGACACGUCAUUACUUGUUCGGCUGUCAAAAUAAAAAGAAAAGACUAAAACGACGGUGACAGUAGAGAACCGUCACAGUUAAUAUAACCGUCCCAAUUAAAAAAAAAAAAACCCUUAUUUUUCGCUGGCUUACUUCGCCGGACGGAAUCUGAAGAAUCUAUUCGCCGGAGACUAUCAUUCCUCAACGGGUUUGAAGCUCACAGCUCGUGGCGACGCCUUCGAGAGAAUUGAAAUUUGAGGAUUGAGGAGAUGUAUGUAGUGCCUCCUCCUGAGCGAUCCGAUUCUGGAUCCAACGGUGAUUUAAGGGUUUAUCAAACUUGGAAAGGCAGCAACAUAUUCUUUCUUCAGGGAAGAUUUGUAUUCGGACCAGACGUAAGAUCAUUGGCGCUGACAAUAUGUCUCAUUGCCGUCCCUGUCACUAUUUUCUGCAUCUUCGUCGCAAGAAAUCUAAUGGACGACUUCUCUGAUAACUGGGGAGUAUCUAUAGUAGCUGUCGCCGUCAUCUUCACCAUUUAUGAUAUAAUCCUUCUACUGCUUACAUCCGGAAGAGAUCCAGGAAUCAUCCCUAGAAACGCUCAUCCUCCAGAGCCUGAACCCCUCGACAUCAACAUGGACGCAGGAGCUGGCCAGACUCCGCAGCUGCGGCUCCCUCGCAUCAAAGAAGUAGAGCUGAAUGGAGUCAUAUUCAAGGUCAAGUACUGCGACACCUGCAUGCUCUACAGGCCGCCUCGCUGUUCCCACUGCUCUAUCUGCAACAACUGCGUUGAAAAGUUUGACCAUCACUGCCCUUGGGUUGGCCAAUGUAUUGGUCUGAGGAACUACAGAUUCUUCUUCAUGUUUAUCUUCUCAACGACGCUUCUCUGUGUAUAUGUGUUUGCCUUCUGCUGGGUUUACAUAAGGAAGAUCAUGGAGUCAGAGCAUACAACUAUUUGGAAGGCAAUGCUCAAAACUCCUGCCUCCAUUGUUCUGAUAGUUUACACAUUCAUAGCCAUGUGGUUUGUGGCUGGCUUAACAGCUUUCCAUCUUUAUCUCAUCAGCACAAACCAGACUACAUAUGAGAAUUUUCGUUACAGAUAUGAUCGGAGAAGCAACCCACAUAACAAGGGAGUGGUUAAUAACUUUAUAGAAACAUUUUCAUCAGCUAUCCCUCCUUCAAAAAAUGACUUUAGAGCUAUGGUCCACCGUGAAGGUCCGUUGCCUCCAAGAUCUGUAGCAGGCGGGUUCAUGAGUCCGAACAUGGGUAAAGCCAAUGAUGACAUUGAAAUGGGGAGGAAAGCUGUUUGGGCAGACAUGGGUUCAGAGCAUGGUGACGCCAAAAAUGGUAACGACGAACGGUUACAUGUUAGGGACGGUGAGUUAGGUGAGCUGUCUCCGGACGUUAGGACAACGGUUGAUGAACAAAGUGAUAGGCCUGGUACGAGGCGGUCAAGCUGGGGAAGGAAAAGCGGAAGCUGGGAUAUGUCACCUGAAGUUAUGGCGUUAGCAGCCAGAGUAGUGGAACAGAACCAGAACGGUGGAGGAAGCAGCAGUGGAAGCGGUUUAGUGACUGAGAACCGGCCUACAUAGUCAGAUACACACGGUUUAGCACGGAAGAAAGACAGAACAGAGAUGAAGUUCAGGGAUGGUGGAUACAUGGUUUAGAGGGAAGUCUGAGAGGUGGUUUUCUUCUUUUUUUUUUAUAAUCUUCAAAUGCUUUUUUUAGUGUUGGAUUAUUCAGAUUAAAAUCAGUUAUUGCAAGGUUGUGGUUUGUGGAGGAGAAGAGUUUAUGUUGGGUUUGUUGUAGUAAACAAAAAGGUUGAAUUGGUGUGUUGUUUUACUUCUUGGUAUGAGUGAACUUCUGGAAUUUUCAGACAGUUC